UGAACACACAACAUUCGCGCCAAGUGUGAUCAUUGUCAUGUCGUGGUAACAUUGUGAGACUGGUCACCUGUUCUGUUUGUUUAUUUAUGAUAUUAGGUAAACGGGCUUUGCACCAUACUUAGGAAAAUGGCACAAGUGGCCAACUGUGCCGAAAAACAUGUUGAUCUGUCUGGUGUGCAAUCCUCCGAGGACGUGACCAUUGUUGAUGAUGAUGAUUCACCAUCAUCCUCAAAGAAAUUGAAGCAAGCGCGCCUCCCAUUUAAACCAAUUGGACCCAAAUCCCAAAUAUGUGUCAACCCUGCUCCUCAUGGGGUGCCAAAGAAACGCAAGUUGUCAGAUCAGGAAUCGCCCAGUGCUAAAGCUCCCAAGAUUUUCAGCAAACACCAAGCUGACCGACUCAAGCAUGAUAUCCCAGAGAAGACUCAGUCUGACAUUGUUGACCACGACAAUGAGGUUAGUUCCAGCUCAGAGGCGGAAAAUGUCCCUGUCACGGGGCCGAAACGUAAAGCCUGCGAAACUAACAUCCUGGAGAGAUUUAUUCGCAAGUCGUCCCAAGAAGAGAUAUCUUCAACCAAUGAAGUGGUAGAUUUGACCGAGAUCAGUGAGGAGAUUGUUGAUAACUCUGACAAUGCUAAUGCCUCUCUUGAAGUGACAAGCUCUAAAGGGGUCAAGAAGGCAAGGAAUAAGCUCACUGAUACGUCCAAUGAACAGGCUCAACUUGUUGAUGAGGAUGGAGCUGGAGUUCAGCCUGAGAAUAUAAAUAACGGCGUUGCAAGAAAAGAUGAGAAUGAAGCUGAGAAAGAAAUAAGUAUUUCAGAAUCUGAGUGUAAAGGUGAAGGGAAUAAAGCUGAAAAUACAUCUGUUGCUGAACCAGGGCCUAUCAAGUGUGUGGAUGUUGAUAUGGUGGAAGAGAAAGAUGCACCCACUUCACAGGAUAAGGAAGAGGUGACAGAAGUUGAUACUGCCAAGUUGAAUGAUCUGGACGCAUCAGUCAUUAGUGGUCAGUCGGAUGAAAACAAAAGUUUAGAAUUAAAUGCUUCGUCAAGUAGUAAAUCUGAUAGUGAUGAGGAAAGUAGCACCUCUUCAGAUGAGUCGGAUGACGAGGUGAAUGAUACCUCACUAAACGGAACACAAAACAGUUGUGGAGAUGUGUCUAUAAACGACAGCCUGGCAGACAAUUCUGGAUCCUCCCUAGACAAAAGCCCAACUGUCAACACAUCCGCUUGCAAAACACCAAAAACAAAAACACAGAAGGCCAGUGUUUCUAAGACGCCAGGUGGCAGCACACUACAGACAAGUACACCCAAGAACCUGCGUGAAAGACCUGCAAGCAUUAAGAUGUCUGAAAUCAAGAAGCUGGAGAGGAAACAGGAACAGGAAGCCAAGAGACAGAAAAUACGAGAACAGAAAGAACAAGAAAGACAGCAACAGAAGGAAAAGAAAGAACAAGAGAAGUUGGAGGCAAAGAAGAAAAGAGAUGGAGAAAAGGCAGAAAAGGAACGGAAGAAAAAAGAAGAAAAGGACAAGAAGGAACGCGAGCGACAGGAGAAGAAGGAUCAGUUGGAGCGUGAGAAGCAGGAGAAGCUCCAGCAGAAGGAGGAAGAGAAGAAGAAGAAGCAGGAGAUUAUAGAUGCUAAGAUGGAGGAGAAAAGGAAAAAGGAUGAGGAAAAGCAGAGGGAAGAAGAUGAAAAGAAUAAGAAAAAGCAGAAGGAAAAACAAUCCUUCACUAGCUUCUUCAUAAAAAAAGCACAAUCACAGGCACCUUCUAAGGUGAAGGAGCAGUCCCACUUCUUCAUGCCGUUUGAGGUGAAGAAGGACAUGUUCCUGGCACCUCCUACUCGGCGGGAGUUGGAGGAAGGCGACAAGGCAGCGCUGGACCAACAUCUCCAGACACAGAACGAUCAACCUUUGUACAUCAAGGAGAUAACAAAUUCUUCCUACCAGAAGAAGCAUAGUUCUCGAACUCUUCCACGACUGGCAGUGUCAGCACCCAGUGAUGUCGACGAUGAAGACAGUGUGAAGUGUUUGGACACCGUAGAGGAGGAUAAAAACAAGAAUCUAGUCCGUCAUCACUGCAAACUGCUGCAGUUUCAUACCAACUAUCGUCCUCCCUACUAUGGCACUUGGCGCAAGAUGAGUCAAGUGCUCAAACCCAGGAAUCCGUUUAAACAGGACACGGAGCUGUUUGACUACGAGGUUGACAGUGAUGACGAGUGGGAGGAGGAGGAACCGGGCGAGAGUGUCUCCAGUAGUGAGGAUGAGGGCGAUGAGAAGGAGGACAAGGACGAGGAUGAGGAAGAAGAGGAGGACGGGUGGAUGGUCCCUCAUGGCUACCUGUCUGAAGACGAGGGAUGUGAGCAGGACGAGGAGAUCACCCCAGAUGUGCUGAAGGCUCGCCAAAUGGCGAAGCAGGAAGCUUGGGAGGCAGAACAGAAGAGACAGAAGCAGCCAGUCCGAGCUGUCGUCAUCGGCUUGGCCUGGGAAGGGGAAGCUAUUGCAGCUAACUUGGCUGCCAAACUGGCCCAGUUUCAGGCUGUGUGUUUGUCUAUGGUGCCAAUUGACACGAGAUCUCGGCCAGCGGACAGCACAGGUGGUGGGAAGGAUGGAGACCGGACAUCGUUUGGAAAGGGAAACAGGAAACCAGUGCCAGAGGAAGCCAUGCCUGAUCUAAUACGGCUGUUGCAUGGCAACCUGAUUGGGAUCAAGAAGCUGAUCAAGGAAUUCCGAUUGUACUGGAAGAAAAAGACUUCCGGCAGUCUGGGUGAGGCAGGCGAUGACAAUAUGGAUGUUGAUGAAAGUGUGACCGACAAGAACGCCUCAGUGUUAGAGAGCUCUUGUACGGACGAAAAGAACGCUCAAGUGAGUGCUGUGGACGUUAGUUCUGGUGGAGUUGAGGGGGACGGCAGCAAGGACACACCCGACGGUUGGGGGAUGUCAAAACGGCAGCUGGAGAUGAAAAUUAUGUCUAUUGCUGUGCGGGAAAGGAGACCAAAUUUUAAGAAAGUGUGCUGGUAUGUGAAAGAAGAGGUUCUGAAACAGUACAAGAUGGAGGAACUGGUGCUGCCCAAUACCUGGCAGUAUGUGUCCAAGGGCUUGAUCAAGGUGAAGAACGAGGAGGCUGCAGGGAGGAAAACUCCCAAUAACUUGUCUGAAUCCUUCACAGAUUCAGUUUCAGUCAUCAUGAAGGAAGAGCCAGCUGCGGAAGAUGCUGAAGCUAAACCCCUUCCAAAAGACCAACCCUCAAUUAUGCAGUUUGCAAAGAAAAUGCAACCUAGUGAACUCCCCAAACCCAAGAUUCGAAGAGUACAGCUGAAGCCUGCUAGUCCAGUUCCCAUGCCAAGUGCUGAGAGAUACCCAGUCACUGACCUUGAUCUAUCAGCAGGUGAAGAAGUCCUUGGUCCAUAUAAAACACUGCCAAAAGACCAACGGUCAAUUAUGGAUUUCGCCAAGAAACCUCAAAAUGGUGCACGGACUGUUCCUCCAAAUGUUGUUAAAAAUAUGCUCUUGUCACCAAAGUCCUCCAGUGCUGAUGUUAAUACAAGCCCCAAACAGAUACUCUCAAAGGAGACAACCCCCAAACGGAAAAUAUCAAAGGAGACAAGGGAAACCACUCCCAAACAGAAAAUGUCAAGGGAGACCACCCCCAAACAGAAAAUAUCAAGGGAGACCACCCCUAAACAGACAGUAUCAAGGGAGACCACCCCCAAACAGACAGUAUCAAGGGAGACCACCCCCAAACAGACAGUAUCAAGGGAGACAACCCUGAAAGAGGACACUGAGACUAUGUCUUUGAAGGGGAUUGCCCCAACACCGUCUGUGACAGCAGUCCCCACCAUGAACAAUGUUGUUGCCAAGAAAAACGUGAUAAGUGCUAGUAAGGAGGAGGCAAUGGAUGUAGACGACUGCAUUAUCAUUGACUAGGAUUCUUGGGUAUAGGUGUAGAAUAUUCUGUGUUCAAUAGCAAAUACUAAUAGUUGUGUGUCAAUGUGUACAGAUAUUGCAUGCUUAUUUAAGAAAUGAUUAAUACAAAGCAUUUCAUUAUUACUCUUUUUAAAUUUACUUGAAACCAGUUGGGGAAAAAUUUGAUGUGACCGUCAUCAGUAUAUGAUGAAUACAAGGCACACACUUUUCUGGACUACAGCCUAGAUCAUGCUAGAUGGUGACCUCUUGAUGACAGAUUUGAAAGGACUGGUUUAAACUGAACAAGACCACAAGACACAAGUGCUUUAUGUAACAGACUUUGGGGGGAAGAAAUCUACUUUGCUUCCAGACUGUCUCUUUCCUUUGACUAGAGAUUUAUGGCGAUAUUUUGGAUGAAAUCAUUUUCAAAAGGAAUGCAUUACUCAAUUAUGAUUCCACAUUAAAUUUGUCUUUCACAGAUGCAUACUUAGGUGUGACUCAAACAUGAUUGCUUUCAAACUUUCAUCAACUAUAAGUUCCUACAUACUUUUCUAAGGCAUAUCUGCUGUUCUGUAAUAUGCUGAAUAACAAAAGGAGGUAACUAAUUGUUACGGUCAAAGAGAUAAUAAGAAACGGGUGGUGAUGAUCUCAUUUAAUAAGUGCAAGAAGACUGUCCAACAAAACCGCAGCCUUAGUAAUCAAUGCUGUGUUGCUGGUACUCUUGUUAACUGUAAUAUUUGCCCAAAUUCAUUAUCAUGUUUUGUGACUGUCUACUUUGUAAGAAACAAUUCAUGGAUAUGAUUAACUGAACAUCAGUAUGGAAUAUAUGAAGUGAAUGCAUGUUAGAUUAGUCAACGGACUUUAGCCACUAGUCUGAAGGCCAACACAUGCCAAGUGUGGUGCAGGGUGGUAAAGUGCUAAUAACUGUAUCUAUGACAACACAAAGAUCUACUGAAUGACAAGGUAUGUUCAGGCAAUCAGACCAAACGUUUAGCAGAGACUGCGGUGUCAGGACAACAAAGCAGCUUGAUGGCCACAGAAGUAACUUUUAGCCAAGAUAUACCAUUAAAAAAAAGUAGGGGAUAUUAGAUUUACAAGAUUGAUAAAAUGCAAAUGAAGAAGCCAAGGAGGAAACAAGUUAAGGGAAAAUGUGACAAUAUAUUCCAUUCCUUUUGAAAUAUUUCAUCUGUAUGGAUAUAUAUUACUUGUUCUCAUAUGCAUUGGCACUGGCUAGUGCUAUGCUCACAAAAUGGAAAAUCCGCUACUUGUUUUGAAUGGUAUAUAUCCCUGUUGGUUGAACAUAUAAAACAGAAGUAUUGCUAUAAUGUUUAUCACCUUGUCCAUCUUUACAAAUACUUUCACGAGAAAAUGUAAAUUAAGGGCUCAUACGUGUCCAUGGUGUAUGAUGUGUCAAACAAUUUUAAUCUGAAAGAUAAUGUGAAAGUGUAUUUUGGCUGUGCUUUAUCAUCAGGUGUAACUACUCUUCAUUUACCUGGUAUAUAACUGUGCAAUCCUGCUCCAGAGAUGGUCCUAGUUUUCAACCUUAAAGAUUGAGUAUUAGUAGUUUAUCUGGCAAGACAAUCCUUAUCACUACUUGGGUUAGUUCACCUUAUGGGAUACAAGCACACAAGCAAUACAGGUUGGCUAUAAAUUGUCAUCUGCUGAAUGCAAUACUUUAGGAGUGGAUGAAACCCAAUUUGGGUAUAUUUGUUAUUAAUAUUGGAUGUACUAGUAUUAUGAAUAUAUGUCGGAGGUCAAGUGAAAGUAUGCUAUUCUUCUUUCCCCAUAUUGUCUCUGGGUUAUUGUAGUCUGUGUUCUCAGGGUAUAAGAUGUCAACACCUAAUCUUCACAACUAUGGCACACCUGCCCUCAGCACAUCAUUUGGUAAGUGAUAUUUCCUUCUUGAAACAAAUAACCAUGAAUUUUAUUUAUAACAAAAUUAUUUUAAAAUAAUACCAUAUUGUAAUCUUCUUUUUUUGUCUUCAGUGUCAUUUGGACAUUUGUGUGAAGGGUGAAUGAAUGAAAAAUGUAAAUAAAUAAUCUGAUCAAACAUC